CAAACCCUUCUUCUGCGGGUACAAACCCUCCUCUUGCGAAAUAAAAAAAAACUCCUCUAGCGCUGCUCCGAUCAAUCCCUCCUCGCUCACGCUCUGCCUCUGCUCUGCUCCGAGUCCACAGAUUGCGCCCGCGUCUACUCCGACGUCGAAGGAGGGGUAGGAGGGGUUUUUCCAUGGAGGAAGAAGAGGAGUGCGAGUACGAGUCAGAAACGGAGUCGCUCCGCUCCGAGGAACGGCGCCAAAAACGGCGAGUGGAGAUGGGGAAGGAGGCGGUAGGAGGAGGGGGUGGCGGUGGAAAUGGAGACGGAGGAGGAGAAGAAGCGGCGGGUGAAGCGGGGAGGCCGGACCGCGAGAUCUUGGUCAAGAUGGACUCCCAAGUUCUUGACUGCACCAUCUGCUUCGAGCCCCUCCGGCCACCAAUCUACCAGUGCGAGGUUGGACAUGCUGUAUGUCAUGUAUGCCGUGGAAAGCUUGGCAAUACAUGCCCGAUCUGCUGCAGAGGAAUUGGCUUCUCCCGCUGCUUUGCGCUUGAGGAUGUGGUUGACACCGUCAAAGUGCCAUGUGCAAACACGAAUUAUGGAUGCAAGCAGUUCAUCAUAUACUACCAGAAAGAGAAGCAUGAGAAGACAUGCCUGCACGCUCCAUGCUUCUGCCCAGAGGAUGGCUGCUCAUUCAAAGGAUCAACAGGAUCGCUCCUCUUGCACUUUGUCACCGAGCACAAAUGGUCACCCACAUACUUCCAUUACGACAAGGCCCAGUGGAUCUCCAUCCCACGGCACUGCCAGUUCACACUCUUGGUUGGAGAAGAGGACCUGUCCAUGUUCCUCGUGGUGAACACUUUCGUCCACGUGGGCAAUGCUCUCACCAUGAUCUCCAUCAGGCCCCAUGAAGCCUCCAGGUCAUGCUAUUCGUCCGAGAUAUCCGUCCACGAUGGUGAAUCUUACAAAGGAAGGUAUGUGCUUCAGAUGGAUCCUCAUGUAGGGGGCAGCUCGCUGCAUGACCGGGCUCAGUUGGGAAGGUUCUUCCUGAUGGUGCCUCCUGAAUUGGUCGAUGAAUCAACCGACGAACUCACCAUCAACAUUCGCAUCGAGAAGAUCCAGUGUGACGUGCAUCAUUGAUCGCAUCGACGUAUUGGCAAGACGUGGUGGCCUUAGACUUUUGAUCUUGCAGCAACUAGACUGAAAACGGGGGGACAGAUGUUGCUCUCUGCUUAUUUUCAUCUCAUCUAAUGUUGUAGGUAGAAUUUGCAAGACUUAAGAGCCGUAUUGAGCUAUUUCUGCUGUGAUAGCAGAAGUUAUCUGCUCUGAAUGUUAGCUCUGCAACUUUUGAACUGAUGGGCGUUGCACGUAAUGUACUCUAUGGCAGAUUUGCAAGGCACUAGCUUAGUUGAACUAUGAAGCAAACUCUUGCUGUACUUGUUCCUUUUUCUGGAUGAAUACCAACAAU